AUAAAUAUACGCUGGAAAACACUUUCUCUUCACACUCCUCAACCUCUCGCAGAUACUGAAGAAUAAUACAGAGGAACUUUCACUCUCGUCACCAUGAAGGGAGCCUGGGCUGUAGUUCUUUGUUCAGUGCUACUGAUUGCAGCUGAAACUCAAGGCCAGUUGUCCCCGGGGAAAGGACGUUGCAGCUGCAUAGACAAAGGUUCUGAUUUCAUUCUGCGAAAAGCCUUAGGAAAAAUAGAAGUGAUUCCCAAGAGCUCUUCCUGUGACCAUGUGGAGAUCAUUGCUACUCUGAAGCCCUCAGGAGAGCAAAGAUGCUUGAACCCCAAUUCCAAAUGGGUGCAGAAGCUGAUGACAGCACUCAUCAAAAGAAGGUCUUCACAAAACACGCACCUGUAAGAAAGAAGGGAUAAAGAUCUUUUCAAGAGACAAAUCGAAUUUUAGGAUUUCAGAGACUCAGGCUCCCUCUCCAGUGAGCAAUGAAUAUGAGUCUGCUUCCUCCCUCUGGCUCUACAGCUUUUUAAAAUACAAAUGUGGCAGCUGAGGCAAGUUUUACAUGUUGUUCACAACACAAAAUCCUUGUGUCCACUAAGGCAACAUCUGCGGGGUGACAUGUCAACACUGAUGAAACAUCAGCGAGUCUGGCUGUGUGGAGACAAGUAGGGAAGAGAUGCCUGGAACCUCAGGAAUGUUACUGGCAAAGCAGCUUAGUCUUUGGCCUCUCCUAGUGGCUAGAUGUGGGAACAGAUUGCUCCUGUUAAUCUAAUUAGCAAACACAUAGUUUUGGGGCAAGGGAUCUGUCUUUUAAGCACAUAGUUUGGACUAUUAUAUUAUUACGGUCAUAACUCAGAGAUAAAAAAUAUUCUCAGGUAGCAUGCUAAGAAUUCCAACUCUUUUCCUAGCAGGGAUGCAAUUAACUCUUAGAGCUACAUGUUCCAUGUGAAUGUAUGAAAUAUCACACAUGCUUGUUCAAGGUUAUGUGAAAUAUUUUGUCGGUGGGCUUUAUAAAUGAAAUUGAAGACGGCUUGGAACUAGAAGGUGAAUCACACUGUGUGUCUAAUGGAGCAAAUGCAUCAGAUGGUUCUGAAAUGUAACACACAGGGAACUGUGGUCGCAAACAUGCUGUGUGUAAGACUUCGCCUUUUAAAGAUACACUAACUAAUGUGAAUAAAAGAUACUGGAAA